ACGAAGAAGCCUCGUGCACGGUCGGUAGGUCAGUUUGGUAUCCGGUGGUAGCUUUGGAUUAGUUGUCCGGGAAACCCGCCAUGUACAAGUACUUGAUUUAAAAUACUUUGCUGAGGAAAGACGCCUGAAUCUUUAGUUUCAUGUCUGAACCCGGCUCGUUUAGCAUAGCGAGACUGAUGAGUAGCUAGCAGGCCGCGAGAAUUAAGAGAACUAACGAGCACAUAACGUUAGCCUCGGUGACUCUUACAGUCAGACCACCGUUUGCUAAACGUCCGACAUGACCCAACAAGCUGCUGCUCUACAGACCUACAACAACGAACUUGUCAAAUGUAUCGAGGACCUGUGCUCCAAGCGGGAUGAGCUGAACAGUCAGAUCAAGCAGGAGGAAGACGAGAAGGAGCGACUGCAGCAUGACAUCCGUGUCCUCUCGGAGAAGCUGAGCAGAGUCAACGAAAGCCUGGCACAAAGACUCGCUGCCCGCGCCACCUUCGACCGCACCAUCGCUGAGACUGAGGCUGCGUACACCAAGAUCCUGGAGAGUUCCCAGUCUCUUCUCAGCGUCCUGAAGCAGGAGGCAGGAAACCUCAGUAAAGCCACAGAGCCCCGGAGGAAGGAGCACUAAUGGCAAUGAAAGGUCAUGUGUUUUGACCACAGCAGCACACUUGACUCUGCACUUUUUAUGCAGUUUAUGUUCCACUCUGGACUAUUUAUAAUAUAUGUGACUGAAUCGUUGUAAAUCCUUUAUUCCAAUAAAUGUGUUUCUUAUCACU